UAUACCCUUAGGUUAGGCUUUUGGGUGCAGAGGGUACAGCAGCACCUGAGCUGCUAAGGUAAUUGCCCACGCGAGAACCCCACCACUAGCAAGCGCAAUCAUUGGAUGUGGACCGAAAGUCAGCCCGCUCUUUUCAGAACAGCCUCAGUUUCUCCGUUCUCUUACAACAAACAGCGCAAACAAUAUCAUCCACGGCCACCAAGAGACGAGGUAAUUGCUUCGUUCCGCUCAACCAAUCAUCGCAUUGAAGACCUGCCUAUUCCUUGUCGUUGAUUACUUGCCUCUGUCUAGACGGCAAAAAGGAAGUUAAACACCAUGGCCCCAUCUGACACAAACAACCGAGCCACAAAGCCUCCGGCCUCGGGUUCAAGUUCGGGGGAUGCCGAUUUGGCCCAGGCCUACCGAGACCUUGCUAGAGGCGAGCAAGCGGCCACAGCCCUUGAGAAUAAUCUUUCAAACCUUGAGAGCAGACUCGAUGCCAUCCUCGCUGCUUUAGAAGCCAGAGAAACCCCACAGAUGCCCGCCACCGCAGCUAAGGCCAACAGCUCCCCGGGAGCUGCAGACAAAGAUCAGAAGGGCAGAUCACUGGACGGUGCUAAUGGCGACGCAGAAAAGAUUGAAAAGGAUGCAACCUAAGCGACCAACCAGUUCGAGCAGUGGCUUCACAUUAUUUCACAUAGGAGACAAGACAAGGGAAGCAGGGUGUCAAGCCAUUCAUCAGUCUCUUCCCCAAAGACUCUUAUGCUUGAAAUAUCUGGACGGUAGCGGCCAUUUGAUAAUCAUUCCCUAUUUCGUUGAAAAGACAUCCCU